CGAUCAAUAAAUAAUCCAACGAAUCUUGUUCGACCAGCUCAGUUGUUGUUUGGAUGGGAUUGGGAAUAGAACAUUGAUUGCUGAAUCGUUGCAAAAAUCAAACAAAGCAUGUUCCGCACAUCGUGUUGUUUUCUUUUAAUUGUGGUCAGUGCAUUUUUUGCUUGCACAGCAGUGGGGCAGCAAUAUGCAAGUGAGUGUACGUUACCGAAUCGCCAAACUGGCCACUGUAUGCCGGUGAAAUCUUGCCGGCCAAUUUAUGAAACGUUUCUCAGAGCAAAGGCGGAAAAUCGUAAACUAUCGGCGGACGAGGUUGCCAAUUUACAAAAAUUCUUUUGUGGAACCAUAUCGAAUACGGUCCAUGUCUGCUGUGCCGCGACGGACAUUCAAUUGAAUGCUGACGGCUUGGAAAUAUUGAAAAAACAAGAACAAUGUGGCGUUCUAACUGGCAAUAAAGUUUCGAAUGGUGUGGAGGCUGCCUUGUUUUCCUUUCCCUGGAUGGCUUUGUUGGUUUACAAUGAUACGCGAGAUCCAUAUAAAUGCGGCGGAUCUUUGAUAAGUGAACGUUAUGUUUUAACAGCUGCCCAUUGUCUUAAACCCGAUUUACAUCUAGUCCGUUUGGGUGAACAUCGCAUUAGUACGGAAAGAGAUUGCCUACCAAAUGGUUUGGUAUGUGCGCCACCGGUGGAAAAUAUUGAAAUUGAAUUGGCCAUACCAAAUUAUUCGUUUCGAAGAUUUUCACACGAUAUAGCCUUGCUGCGAUUGAAGCGGGCAGUUCAGUAUCAAAAACACAUCAAACCAAUAUGUUUACCUAUUUACGAUGAGCUGAGGCCUAAAAGAUAUCCGGAAUAUGUUAUCUCUGGUUGGGGACGUACAGAUAAGGCCGCCAUUUCCGAUGUGUUGAUGGCCGCUGUCAUACCAUUUGUUGAGCUGCCAGAAUGUCAGACAGUUCUACAAAAAUAUCGUCUGCGCAGUCGAUUGAAUGAAAGUCAUAUUUGUGCUGGAAAUCGAAAUUUAGUUGAUUCCUGUGAUGGUGAUUCCGGUGGUCCCUUGGGCUAUAAGGACAUGUAUAAUGGCCAUCCACGUUUCAUACAAUUCGGUGUGGUGGCAUUUGGGGUGAAUUUGUGCGGUGAAGGUGACUCACCGAAUGUUUAUACGAAUGUUUCACAUUACCUGCAAUGGAUAACGGAUAAUAUUUCGAAUGGUUUAUGUGAAUAUGGCUCGCCAUGUACAACAACCGAUAAUGUGGCUGGCAUAUGUGUUCCGGUCAAAUCAUGUAAGCCGGCAUUUGAUUUUUUCGCCCAACUACGGGAAAGUGGUCGGGUGAUAACAUUCUCUGAACGCGAGGAGAUUCAAAGUUUACAUUGCGGUACCUUUAGGGGAGUGGCUCAUAUCUGCUGUGAUCCAUCAAAACUCCAAUUGAAUCCGGAUGGUGUGUCCCUGCUGGAAAAACAAAAAUGUGGUAUUUAUCUCACCAAUCGUGUUACAUAUGGUUAUGAGGCAAAAUUAAUGGGCUAUCCAUGGAUGGCCCUUUUGGUGUACGAUGAUGAACGCGAUCCGUAUAAGUGUGGGGGUUCGCUGAUAAGUGAACAGCAUGUUCUGACAGCUGCACAUUGCGUCCGAGGAAGGGAAUCGAGCAUAAUGUACGUACGCCUUGGAGAACAUCGAAAGAGUACUGCCAUAGAUUGCGUUAAAUUGGGACCAAAGACAACAUGUGCCCCUGAGCCUCUUGAAGUGGGCAUUCAGGACUUUAUUCUGCAUGAAAACUAUCGUUCGGUUUACAAUGACAUCGCCUUAUUACGUUUAGAGCGGAAAGUGGCGCCCGAUGUUCACAUCAAACCAAUUUGCUUGCCCAUAUAUGAGAAUCUGCGCUCACUCGAACAUGAACAAUAUGUAAUAUCCGGUUGGGGAAGAACCGAAACAGGAGCAUCUUCGGAUGUUCUGCGCGUUGCCAUAGUACCGCACGUUGAUGUUGCCACAUGUCAAAAUUAUUUGAGACCAUUUGGCCUAACCUAUCAGCUAAAUAGUACUCACAUCUGUGCUGGAGCUAAAAAUUUGGUUGAUACCUGUAAAGGUGAUUCGGGCGGGCCGCUGGGUUACACCGACAUCUACAAUGGCUCGUCUCGAUUUGUCCAGUACGGUGUGGUAUCGGUUGGCGUUUCGAAUUGCGGUGAACGAAAUGUCCCGGGAAUCUAUGCCAACGUCUCUCAUUAUAUGCAAUGGAUAACAGAUCACAUACACGAAGAUGAUACAAGUCCGAAGACGACAGUUGCUCCAAGAGAAUCCCCAGAAACAACUGAAAUUAAUUCUAGAUCUCAAGAAGAACCAUGCCUCACCCCGCUCAAUUCCAGUGGUUUUUGUGUCCCUUAUUCAAAAUGUUCACUAUUUCAGCAAUGGGAUAUAAAAUACGGUGGCAAUUUACCACCAACUAUACAGGAGUAUAUAAAGCGUGCACAGUGUCCCAAAACAGAUGAUAAUUUGAUACUUUAUUGUUGUGAACCGGAGACAAUAGUGACGGCGCCAAUUAAAGAGAGGAGUGGAAAUGGUUUGAACUUGUAUUUAAAUCCCAUGCAAGAUUUUCAUAGUCAAUUGAAUGUUGAAGGUUUCGAUAUCCUAAGUGGCCAACGCUGUGGCACAGAUAAUGGAAAUCGCAUUGCCGGCGGUAAUAUCACAAUGUUGGCCGAAUUUCCAUGGAUGGCUCUGUUGAUUUAUCAGGGUCCAUCGGGUGAAGAAUUCCGAUGCGGUGGUUCAUUGAUAACGAAUCGUUAUGUACUGACAGCAGCACAUUGUUUGAGAAUUGCAUAUCCAUUAAUUGGUGUACGCCUGGGCGAAUAUAACACCUCCACCGAAGAAGAUUGUAUGAAAAUGGGACCAAAAUUGAAAUGCAACCCGCCGGCGGAAAAUUUUGGUGUAGAAACAACUAUAUUGCAUCCGGAAUACAAUAGACGUGAACGGGUCAAUGAUAUUGCCCUAAUCAAAUUGGAUCGAAAUGUGGAAUUUAAAAAACACAUUGAACCCAUUUGCCUGCCAAUUUAUUCCAAUAUUGUGUGGACUCAGACCGAUGAUGAUUUCCUAAUUGCUGGUUGGGGCUACAUGGAAGACGGCCAUGCCUCGGAUGUUUUACUUAAGGCGCAAAUAAAACAACUCCCCAUCAAUAAAUGCAGCGAAGCCUAUUCGAUUGAUGCCAGUAAAUUUCGUUACUUGUGUGCUGGGGACGAAGAGCUUGGACGCGAUACAUGUCGCGGUGACAGCGGUGGACCGUUGAUACAAUUUGCUCCAUACAAUAAUCGAAGGCGUUUCAUCCAGUAUGGGGUGGUGGCAAUUGGUCGGAAUGCGUGUAAGCUGACUUCGACGUUACCUGGUGCCUAUACCCAUGUUAGUUAUUAUAUGCCAUGGAUCACGCAUAAUAUUGUGAAUUAAAAUGGGUGGACUUAGUAAAAUUUAGAUUUAAAUAUAUGUAUGUAAUUAGUAUUAA